UCAGAACGAUGAUAAAAGAUCUGCCGUGCCGCGCGUGAUACUAUUCUUUGUUGAUGUGAAGCAAAAAGUGUUGAUUGUGAGGGUGACGUUGCGAAUGCGAGGAGGCUCCGUCCGCGUUCACCCUCACUCGGGUGACGUUUUGGCGCCAUCGACCCAUUUAGCACGGCGGGGCGGGCAUGAAAUAAGGGGUGCACAUAGUGCGUCAUUUGUUAUUAGCUAGUGACAAUGCGAUUGCAUAAAAAUUAAAGCAAGCGCUGCAUUAGAAAAAAACUGACCCACUAGCAAAGAAUAGGCCAAAGAAAUUAAGGAUGUAUUAGUAACGGAGGAAUUAAAGGAUCGAUUUAUAUCACACGGCCCACGGCGAUUGUAAAAUGGACUCACGAUUAUUAUACAAGAUGAUGGUGUUUGAUAACGGCAGACACUAUCACGGACAGGAUGCGUAAGCAUAAGAGAGAGAGUCAGGCGUUUGCCUGCUGGCCUGCCACGUCGAGAGAACUUCAUCAAACUCCACACUCCAUCAUCUGAUACCCACACACUUGGUACAGAGGAAAUGCAGUGCUCAGUAACACUGGAAAGUGACCAUAACAGUGGGAAUGUAAAAAUGAAGACAAUUAACAAUUAUAAGAAUCCUUACAAAAAGGAACCUAAUCUUGACAACAUUGUUGAUCAGCUGUGCACACGACUCCAGGACAUCAAAGAUCAAGAAAGUGCGUCACAAGUAGGCAUGCCCACGUGUUCUCUAGAAGAAACUGAGGCUGUUCGACGAUAUUACGCUGCGUUUCCGGCUUUGAAAAAGGGUCGAGAGUCGCCAUUACCGUAUUAUCUUCCACCGCCAGCGUGGUGUCGUAAAUCAGCGGCAGAUACCAAGAUCAAAAUGCAAAGCGAAUUGUCAGUGUCUAAAGAUUGGAAUACAAAAAAUAAAAAACUAACAUCAAGCAAAGAGCGACGUAAUUCAUACCACGGUCAAAAGAAGAACAACAAGAAACGUUGCAACAGUUACAGUAGAUCCUUUGACAGCAAAGAGAUACUGCCUGAGUGGGUAACGCACGAGGGUGUCUGGGACAUGGAAACUCAAGACCCGGUGAAGGAGUUCAUCAGAGCCAUAGCAUUAGACGAGGGUUACGGAACUUGCGAGAACACCGUCACAGACGAGAUCAAAGAAAUAACACAAGGCAAGAUCGGAAUGAACGAAAACAUGGUGCCCGACUGGGAUGACAGCCUCGACCUCGACGCCGAGUGGGUCAUCACUGAGGACCUCAACCCGCGCGUCCGUACGCCCAUGGAGGAGGAACUCUACGCUAAGUUCGAAGCCAAGUUCGAUCGCAGCAUCGAAGCUCUGUGGUCCAAAGACCAGAACACGCCCGAUGACGAGUAUCAGGACCUUCCGAUUGACUUCCAAGAUCUGCUGUCAUCCCCCUCCGAUCGCCUGUUUGCCGACCCGUCCGCGGAGAAAUGCAGUCUCAUAUCUCUGACCGAGAGCAUUUGGUCCACUGAAGCGGCAGACUUCCCGCCUCCGCUCGACCGCGGAGACUCGCCUUCGCGCAUCGCCGACGCUCUGCACGACCGCUUCAGGCCGCUCAACCUGGCCGACGUGGUGGCCGAGCCGGAGCCGCGCGAGCUCGAGUCCUUCGCUCUGUACGAGGGCGACGAGAUCUACGACGCGCUGAGCACGGUCGCCCACACCAUGCGCUCCUUCACCGCCAUCAACCACAGCCGCGACCGCAGCGGCUUCGCCGAGGUGCCGCCGCGCCGCGCCCGGCCCCCCCGCGCCCCCCCCGCGCCGCGCUCGCCGCCGCCGCGGGCUGCAUCCCGCCCGCGCGAGGACCUGCUCACCUCCGCGCGCACGCACUUCCGCCCCAUCCGCCGCGAGCCCGACGCCGAGCCGCCGCGCUACGCCGACGGCGAUACCUUUGACAUCUGCGGCGACCCCGACCCCGUGGCCUUCCGCCGCAGCGACUCGGGCGGCCUGUACCUCGGCGCGGGGCUCGAGCGCUACCUGGAGUACCGCGCCGCGCGCACCAUCGACUACGGCCGCCUCAACCUGACCGCGGCGCAGCGCUGCCCCGACCUCGACGAGCCGGGGCUGCGGCUGCGCUUCCCGCUGCGGCAGCGCGACGCCGGCGUGCAGACGGACGCGCCGGUGGCGGACGCCGCGGCCGCCUGGGCGCCGUGCGAGGAGUGCGGCCGCGCCGCCAAGAAGAUGCGCCCCAGCGCCGCGCGCUCCAUCUGGAGCUCCCGCGCGUGUCGCGCCUGCGCCUGCGCGCCCGCCGCGCCGCCCGCGCCCGCGCCCGCGCGCGAGGAGCUGUCGCGCGAGUGGGAGGAGCUGGUGUCGGACAUGAGCGAGUUCGGCGAGGCGGCGCGCGCGGACCGCAAGCGGCGGCACUCGGCGGCGCUGCGCUGCGCGGCGCAGUGCGGCCACCCGCACGCGCGCUUCCUGCCGUGCUGCACGCUGGCCACGGACCGCCCGCUCACGCGCUAGGCGCUGCCGGCCGCGGGACCGGGGCGCGGACGCUGCCGGCCGCGGGACCGGGGCGCGGACGCUGCCGGCCGCGGGACCGGGGCGCGGACGCUGCCGAGCCGCCUCGGUGCUCAUCGUUUCCUUUCCCGAUCUAUCGUCCUACACUUUGUAUAUAUCUUUUUCUUCGAGCGUAUUAUUGUUUGUAUGUCGAAAGUGAGAAAUCGCAGCUUUUCAAAUUCGAAAACGACGUGCCGCCGUGAUCGGUCUCGAGAAUGAUGUCCUUUGUGGCUCGAUUGCUCCUUCAAGUGGCAUUAGAAUGAAAAAGUUAGCAAUAAAAUAGGAUUAAUUAGCGAAGCCUUAAACGUUACUUUCUCCGAGUGUCGAGGGUUGUAGAGGUACAAAAGUGGAAGGCUAGAAGUGCUAACAUAUCUUAUGAUUGUAGAUAUUGAAGGAAAGGAGGAGUUAUAUGUAACGUUAAUUUUAGUUCAAUGUUUUCUUUGUAGAGAUUUCAUAUUGAUGUAGGAAUGUUUGAUGGAAUGCUCUCGCUUCAUUGUCGAUACUCGACGAAAAUUGAUAAAUGUGCGAAAGUGUUCGGGAUUGUGCGUUAUUAUUAAACAAUGGCCUUGAAAUAAUUAGCAGUAUUGCUGCGUGUUAUAUAUUUAUUUUAAAAUGUUUUGUUGGGAAAAUAACUAUAUAUUUUAUUUUAGUUUAAAAAUUACAUGUUAACGCAAAACGAGGCGAGAGCAUUUCAGGACAAACAUGAUAGGACGAUUCUAAUAUAAUUCUUACAAUAAUAUCGUCCCGACUUGUUUAAUAAUUUGUUAAUAUAAAAUGUAAGUAGAACAGGUAUUUUAUUUUUGUUAGUAUUUUUCGUUUACGUUUCCAGGCGAUCUAAAUUCAUUCAAAAUUUUUAUAUCGUAAAGUAAAUUGUUCUGUUUUCUUUUGCAACAUUUUUGAACGCGAUCUUUAAUGUAAGGAGAUAUUUAGAGGCAUCUCCCGUUGUCCAGCAGUGGGUACGCCUUUCGGCCGAAUGUUCGCGAAAGAUGUAUCCACAGUUGUAACUGUUCUAAGCCGAACUAGUGUUAGUGCGGCUUUGUGUCCGAGGUUCGAACGAUAUCGGAGGCGGACAGUUGUGGUUUGUCCAUGUUGAAUAAGUUUUACACGCGGCGAUUUUAUUGAUUUGCCGCAUAAUAUAAUGUAGGUUGGCGAGCGCGUCGCGGGUCAGUGUUCAUUCUUGAUACUUGAGGCCCGCUGCAUUCUGCCGGAUAGUGGUAAUUCGAGGUGUUAGCAGUUUUGUAUGAAGCUGGACUAUGUUAGUGGGGGGCGCUGCAUGCAAGCCCCCUGGAGUGUCGUCGGAUACGAUGAACUAAGUGUCGUGCUCUUUGAUAUAUGCCCGGCCGACGCUGUUCACCGUUUACGGACGUACGUUUUCGUUCCGGAAACAGUUGGUUAACUUUUUAUAAGAUGUGUCAAGCAUUGCGAUGCUCUGUGGCGGUAUUACAAACGGUGAGCAGCGAGGGCCAUCAAUUGUAACAUAAUUUACAGCUCCAAGUAUGGAUUGUAACAGUUCAUAUAGGCGUAACUGUUAUUAUAGUUGAUGUAAAACAUAAGAAGUGUAUAUGUUAUAUUUUCGUAUAUUUUCAUUUUACACGGGGCGUUGUCUGGGCGCGGACGCCGCGUUAGCGCAGCGCCCGCUCGUCACGGCCCCACACAACUUAUAUUUAUUUCAUUUGAAAGCCUUGCCUAGUUACAAUUUCAUAUUAAACUUUAAUAUUCGUGCAUACUUUUCUAUUUUAUGUGUCGUGUUUUAUAUAUUUAUUUUUAUGUAGUGUGAUUUACUUCUGUUUGUAAUAACUGAAAACGGAAAAUGUAAAAAAAAAAUGUCAUUGCAAAAUUUACAUCAGGAAGGCUAUCCUUGUAUAUAUUUAGUAUAUUGUGAAAUUAAUGUAUAGUCAUUUUCAGUUCUUUUAAAUGAUGUGUCAUUAUGUUCGCUAAUUCUUUUGUCAAUUUCCUUAUCUGAAAUAUUUGAUGUUAUGUUCAUGCGGGUAGACAAGUACAUCAGUUUACAACUAUACAAUGUUUCAGAUAUUGAAAUGUUCACGUACUGUCUAAAGCUACGUUAUUAGAGAGGUUGGGUAUUUUUAAACUCAUUCAACUAAUUAAUUCACAUUCAUUUUCUCGUGUCACGUAAUGUAUUUCAUUUUUCUGUCAUAAGUUCAUAUUAUAUUGUACUUAUUCCAUUAACGAUAUUCGCUAAAGGAUACCUCGAUAAAAAAUAUUAGAAAAAGCAAAAAAAAAAUUAUUAGAUUCAAGUCCGCAUAUAAUAUUAUGUUUGAUUAGUUAUUAAUCUAAUGUAAUGUGCCUAUGCACUUGAUUGUCUAUUUAUCCUGGACAUCUGAGGAUAAUAGUUUUUCAGCAAAUGUUGAAGGAAUGCUUGAACAAUUGUUGAGAAACAAAAGGAGUUUGCUGUGGUAUUCGGUAACGGGGACUUGUUACAAUCAAAUAUAUGCCAAGCCUAUGCAAGCUCCUUAAAUAUUGAGUAGGACGUGAAUAAAUCUAUCAAGACAGCUAUCAUUAUGUCAUCAAUCCGUUGCUCCCUCGUCUGAUAGGUUUAUCAACGUCCUAUGUACUGCCGAGCCUGUAGGGCCACUUGCGUCAUUUCUCGUGUUCACUUGUCGCGUACUUUAUUGCUGUGCCAAUGACAAACUGACGUAAGUGGACUUACCGGUGGUUUAUCGGUCCCCGCCAAUCACAACUCUUUUUAUGCGCCACAAAAUCAUUUGUAAGUGGCAAAUAAGAUCUUCGUCGUUAUUGUAAUAAUAUGUACUAUUGGUAUUUCAACUUUUUUACUGUCAGCAAAUAACCAAUGUUUGUUUUACACACAAUAAUUAUUUCUUCUUGAGAGCAAACACUUUUUUCUGUGUAUAUGAAAUUUGGACACGUAGCAAAUCAGCACAUAUUAAACAAAUAAAAAGUUAAAAAAAAUAUGAUAUAUCUAUUUUGCAAUGUAGACACAAAAUAAAAUUCUAAAUCUGUAUUGCUCUCUUCAGGAACAAGUCGGCUUGUAACCGAUAGCUGAUAGUAGCCUUGGUUACAUGCAUAUUUGUUGUUUACAUUUCAUAUCAAUUUAUACAUUUUAUUUUCUUUAUGAAGUUUCGUAAAAUCAUUAGAGAUUUAAAAAAACUUUUAAGCCGGGGUACGAGCAGUACACAAGGGAUUUCACAUCUUAUAUUUUGGGCGCCAAACUUUAAACUGCACUGCUAAAAACGAAAAAACCAAAUAAAAAAAACCUUCAAUAACUUACCACUUUGAUGUUUUGUCACUAAUAAGAAUUAAGAAUUUUCGAUAUUUCUAACUAUAACUUAUUGCGAAAAUUGGCACCUUUAUUUUGCAAUUAAGUAUAGGUAAAAUAAACGACGAUACUAGGUAUGAAAGAGCUUUCAAUUAGAUUGUACCAAAAUAUGUAUACCCAUUUGAAAAUUGUUAAUUCAUUUAGAAGUGGUUAUCCCUGAAAAUAGUUACCAUUUUCAUAAUUACGUUAGGUUGUGCUCGCUACUCUGGUUCUUGCCACCUGUGGGAAGAAAUAAAAAUAAACGAUCGAUCCACAA